CAUUUGUAUACCAUAUAGAGUGUGUAAUCUGCGGCUUUUUAUUUUACGAAUGCGAAUGAACCUCACUGCACCUGGAACAUAUUUAAUUUAUUACCCGCUUGUUUACACUUUGUUCGCUUACAGCUGAGAUUUGUAUGCGUCAUUUUUAAAUAAACUGCCAAAGUCACAACAACGCACAAAAAUAAAAAAUAAUUUAAUCAUGUGUUUGCUAGUUAGUUAGUAAACAUCAACAACCGAAUAGAAAUAAAAACAAAACCGCAAACAAGGCCGUCGUGCUAUCGAUUUUCAGAGGGGUUCAAGUCCCACAUAAGCUGAGAAAAGACCUUGAGCCUCAUUUUUUUGCGAUGACGCCUUCUUUGUUAGCAACUAGUUUUGAUUUCAUAAACACUGUAAACAAAAACAAAUAGAUAAACAAAUCGCCCGAGCGCACGACACGUGUUGCGCUCAGCAUACGAUUUGUUGCUCUUUCGAUUUUAGUUUUGGGGGAUACCGCGAAACGUGCUUGGCAUAAAAUGUAGCGCAAAUUAUCGCAAGCUCAAAAGUUUUCCAUGGCCCACAAAAAUGUGUUUGUAUAAUUUCAAGUACGUACGAAAGCUCAAAGCUGCCGUUUGCUAAUUUUCAAAGUACGCGCACUCGCUUGCGUUGUGCAGCACUGCAAAUUCCAACUGGCGGUUGCAGAGCAACACAUCUUUACUUCUGAAACUAACAAAUAUUAAACGCACGAAAUAGACAAAACGGAUGAGAUAAGACUAAAUUAGCAAUUAAACUCUAAAAAUUUGUUGGCCGUUUGAUUUUGCCGCAGAAAUGAAAUGCUUAUUAAUUAAUUUAAGCGAACAAUGGAAAUUUCAAAAUAAUGCGCGCACGCUUGCUCAUUUGUUAUACAACACUGACCAGUCACACAGAGACCACAACGAUAUGGCAACGCCCGUCAUUCCAAAAUACUUGAAAAAAUACCAUAGGCACAGUCAAAACAUAAACAACAACAAAGCGCCCUGCACAUUGUGACAUUGAAAAUGGCGGAAAUUGGAACACAAAUUGAUUGCCAUAAAGUUAAAGUGUGAAAAAUCAAUCAAUCCCCAAAUGGAGCAGCGUGCUAAUUUCCUCGCAUUAACGCUGCUUGACGCGCUCGAGGAUGAAAACGAAUCCGAUAUAUUCUCAAUGCUCGAACGCAACACAAUCGACUGCAGCAUUGUUCCCUGUGAUCGAGGAUUAGCUCCGUUGCAUUAUGUGUGUGGCAUGAAGAAUGUGACACUUGCACGACGCACCCUCGAACGCUUUCUUGCCAGUGAUCAGCAGUUGGAUGUAAAUGUGCGCUGUGAUGGAAACAUGACAGCUUUGCAUAUUGCAGCGAUGUAUGGCAGAGUUGAGUUGGUGCCACUGUUACUGCAACAUGGGGCACGAUUGGAUCUGCUGGAUGAUGAGAACAAGUUGGCUAUGCACUAUGCCAUCGAGGAGUGUCAUUUCGAAGUGCUGCAGCAGCUCAGCGAGCACAUUCUGCAGGAGAAAAAGAAGCAGCAGCUAAAGACGCCCAAAUCGAAUUUGAAGUAUAAUCAUGAUGUGACUUCGCCUUACUACAUUAAUAUCACACACAGACGCAACAAACCGCAACCCAGCUACCCAGACAGAGAGGAGCGGGAGCAUGAGGAGCGGGUGAAUCUCUUUACUUUGACGCGGGAUCAUUUGGAGGAGCUGUCGAACAAACUGGAGGAUCAGGAAGCAACUGGAGGCAGACGCACAUUGAUCGAGAGCUGGCGGGAUAAGGUGGAACGUUCGCGUGCUCGGAAAUCACUGCUGCAGGUGGAGCAUGUGGAGACGUUGGUGGAUCAAGCGCUAAGCCAAGAUGACUUCGAUUACGAGCAGCAGUUGCACCAAGCACUAAGAGAUGAGCAAGAGCAGGAGCAGCAGCAGGAGACGGUUGCAGAGCCAGCUAGCGAGGCAGGCAGAGCUGCCUUUGGCCAGUUGGUGGAGCAAGUGGCGCAGGCUGCAGUGCUCGAGCAGAGUUAUCACACGGCCCAGGGCGAAGAAGUGCCUCCCUUGGUCAAGAAGGAUGAGGAGUACUAUCUGCAGAUGACGGAGGCGUAUGUGCACACAGAUGACGAGAACGGACUCGUCUUCUACGAGACCAAGUUGUUGCAGCAGCCCGCUAAAAAGACGCAAGCGAAGCCUCGCCCUCCUCCGACUCCACAACUUGAUAGCAGCGUGAGCACAAAUUUAACGGUGCCCCUAGACUACGAAACGGAUGCGUUGCGUGCCGAAUUGACACAGCUGGGCGCCACAGUUGGACCCAUCACACACACCACAAAGCGUCUGUACAUCAAGCAGCUGAUCAAAUACAGAAGGAAUACGGAUGCGUUGCUUGCAGCGCAGCAGCAUGCGAAGGCAGCACAGAUGAAAUAUUCGGUGGAAUUGCACCAUACGUUGCGUUCGCAGUUGGAUUACGAACACAUUGAGAGCUAUAUGCAGCAUGAAGUGGACUCCGCGGCACACUUUGCCACAGCAGCAGCGGGCACGGGCCGUGGUCAACUCAGAGAAGGUCACCUGAAGCAGAGUUUCAUCUAUAUGCUAAUUGAUCCACGCAUCUCGCGAAAUUUGCCAGGCGAACGCAACUAUCUGGAGCCACUGUUGAUUUGGUCGCGCUUCUUGGACUCUAUAUUUUAUGUGGGUAAAGGCAAGUGUUCGCGUCCCUAUGCGCAUCUCUAUGAUGCAAUGCGACAGCAUACACGAGCGCACCAGCAAUCAGUAGGAGCCGGGAAACGUGGCAAGUCAACGCGCUCUCAGUUAAUUCCGGAGCUGUUUAAAUCGCCGCCGCCGCCAGGAACAACAGCCGCGAGUAGCAGAAAGCUGCAGCGCAUCCUGGACAUCUGGCAGAGUGGCAGUGGCGUUGUCUGUCUGCAUGUCUUCCACAACAUUCUGCCUACGGAUGCUUAUACGAGAGAGGCGUCAAUUAUCGAUGCACUUGGCAUGCAGCAUUUGACGAAUCUGAAGCGUGGCGAUUACUACGGGCCGGCGCAGAUCUGGGCCAUGAAACGAAAGAAGCAUCUGGGCAUUGCACUGCUCCACAAGGCGAUGCAGAUUUAUUUGGCUGAAGGGGAAUCCCAAUUGUCGCCCAGUGAUUUGAUUUAGUUCAGCAAUAAGUACAAAGUACAAAGUGUAGUGCAAGCCAAAAUAUUUCUUAGCCGGAUCUCAAAAUGUAGAAUAAUUAAGCAAAUUUAAUAAAUAAAUGCGAAUAUUAAAAUA